CUGGUAGUAACGCUGUAUACUAUACGUUUUAGGAGCUGGCUACCGUACCUACCUACCUAGUAGGUACCAAGAAACCUGACAUAAAUCACUAUACCAUACUCCCACGGACCCGGGUCCCACGCCGUACACAAAGUGAACACAAUAUAGAUUUUUGACCGCACCCCAGACAGAACAAAUUUCAGAACGAAGCAUUUAUCUCCAAACUUCAUUAUGUGUUUCGGACAUUUUAAAUAUCUACGCAGGUCAAUUAUUCCCUAUACUGCGUGUUAUCUCCACACAUAUCAUGGUUCCUGCCUAGUAGGUUUUCGUAGUAACGAACGCACCUUCCUCAUGUAGAGUGUUCCAAGCCAGUAAGCAAAAGUUCUUCGCCCGUCGCGAGUCGUAGACGUUUCUAGGAGCACAUCCAAGUCAUCGAGUUCACGUUAAUACUUGCCCUUUUUCAUUUCAAGCACUCUUUUCCCCUUACCACUGAGUCCCAAUGGCGCGACGAGUGGUGGACAAGUCUUUGCUCAACUUGGUCGACUGGGCUUUACGGACCCUGAAGCAUCGCGGCUUCGUGGAUCCGAAGGAGAUCCAGAAGAGGGAAGAUGAGGCCAAGGAAAUAGUGGCAAGGAACGAGAACGAGGUGACGGAAGGCCGAGUCCAGCAUUUCACGCUGUCGACUAUCACCACCCAAGAUUUGCGGGAGAUCUUCGGGCUUAGGCCUAAGAAGGGUGGGCCGCACUGGAUGGCACCUCUGGCAAUCAUGCCAACCUCUCUACACACCGCGCUCGAAAGAACCGACAGGGUUAUGAGGGGGUCCCGACGCAACGAGGCGCUAGUCCGUGCUCGGCUCAAUCAUUUCCUAGUUCAUUCUCUCGACGCCGUGCACCUUCGGCUGCCGGCUGACCAUCAUCUUGCCUUGGCAAUGGAGCGUCAGCUCGAGACAGUCAAGGGCCCGGUUCGAGUAUCGGGAUGCGCCGAUUAUACCGCAUGGUAUAAGGACCGAGAUAAGCCAGAAAACAAUGUGGUGAUUGUUGAAGCCAAGGCCGAUAACCCUGGGCAAGGGAAAUCGCAGAUCCUUGGUGCAAUGGCUAUCGUAUCCGUGCUCAGAGAGAAGGAAGGAAAGUCCAAUGUUGUUUACGGCAUCUUGUCGGAUAGCGACGAAUUUUUCUUCUACCGCCUCGAGGAUAUGACUUACAUCACUUGGCACAGAAUUUGGGAGAGCGGCGAGGAAGACCAGCAUGCCAUUGUUGGUGCCCUGCAAACCAUAUUUUCUGAGGCCAGUACGAUGAUUUCCCCCAGUGUAUCUCUCGAGGCCGGCCAGCCGAUGGACUUGGAUGCCCAGGCUUCUUAGUCGGGUGCAACUGUUCUUCAUAUGGUCGCGACCUUGGACAUGUCGUUAAAAGGUCCCCCUGUGCCUACUGACCAGGCCAGGUGUCUUGUGGGAGAAGGGAAGAAAAUACCUGAUCCCGGUAGGGGCUUACUCCAUUCGUGGAGUUUGGAAGCCACCCUUUGUGGCCUGACACACCCAAAGGAACCUACCACCGUAGCGGAACAGCAAACCGCGUUACCAAACUCCAAAGGAAAAUGUCGAAAACCGGGUGGC